AACACUUAGAUAGCAGCUGCACCUAAUGUUGUGGCCAGUGUGUGUAAGGCUAUGACUAAAUGUAGAAAAUAAAUGUCACGACUCACCCUUGACCCCUAAGCACAUAGCUAAAGUUCAUACUGGUUCAUUUGGAGCUCUGCAUUUAAAGAGGUAGUAUCAAUAAUAGAGGGGCACACAUUAUAACGCAGUGGUGGACCUGCUCAGGUGUCCCUGCCUGUAACACGAUCACUCAGCUGAGGGUCAGGUUCUCAAUCCACACACACACAGAACUUCCUGUACUAACAAAGUGUUCAUCUUCCUCACUUUCCCUCGCAGUUCUUCAGAUGUGAACACAUUCAGUGGCAGCUUUCCCAAAUCUCACUCAUCCCACUACUCUGAGCUCGGUGUGGCACACUUACCUGCAUCGGUGCACCACAGUUCUGAUUCUGGACUUGGAUCAACACCUCUUCCGUCCAGCCGCUUCCGGUUUGUGUCAUGGCAUCGCCUACCUCAGUGCAACCUCACCGGUGAUCAGCUGAGCUGUCCCAGGGUCAGAGAAGGUCUCUCUAUGAAAUACCAAAUUAUUGAAUUAGAUUGCAUAACAUGAAAUCGUUACAGCUGCCUUUGGCUGGCUGAUGAUGUUUUAAAAAUUGUGUCAUCCGAAGGACCAUGCGCUGAGGAGCUCUUUCACAGAGACAGGGAUGCAGCUUGUGUGGAGGGAUGGAGGAUGAGGAGGAUGAGGACAGAGGAGGAAGGGCAGAGUUGGGAGGAGAGAAAACAAGAGAAUUGGGAAAACUGUCUGGAGUUAAAUCUAUCCUACCAGGAUUUGGGGGAUCCUUUCCAGCAAGAGAAUUUCCUCCGCAUCCUCCGCAGGUUGAUCCGCGUGGAGCAAUUGCAGCUGGUUGACAACUCUCUCAGCAACCUGAGUUCUGUCCGUCUGCCAAGGUGCAGGAUUCUAAAUCUGCACCGUAACCACCUGGUGUGUUUACUCCAGUUGCCAAAACUGCCAGCUGUAGAGCAACUUUGUUUGUCCGAGAAUGCCAUCAGCUGCCUGGGAGGACUGGACACUCUGAGGAACAGUCCUCUACGAUCCUUAAACCUGUCCCUCAAUCCUGUCACCUUUACUGAAGACUACCGUGCACGGGUUUUCUCCUGUUUGCCAAAUCUUGAGGUCCUGGAUGGAGUCCCUAAACUGCCAGAAGACAACCUCCACACUGGGUUACACUUCCCACAAAUCACCAGAAUGUGCAACAUUUUGUAACAUUCUCCACAGAUGGAUUUGUGCUACACUCAGAUCUCCUCCAUCUUAGUUGUCUUCAAAACUGGACUGAAGAGAAACUUUUUUUUUUUACCUUAAACGUGCCACACAAAUGCCAAGAAACAGACCCGACCCCAAAAUACACUAACAAAAUAGUUUGUUGGAGGAUACAGGAUCCAUUGCCAUGUCUCGUUUCAAUGUUUUAGUUCCAUUGUGAAACUGACAGAAUGAAAUCAGUGGAAGGAAAUACCGAGUAUGAAGAUAAUAAGGCUGAUCUCAAUACUUGGGAUGUCCCUGUCCGAUCUUCAGGAUCCGGUUCGGCUGCCGAUCCGCUCUAUUUUGAAGAUCGGCUAAUAUCGGUUUCCGCCACGAGAUCGGGCCGAUCCGGUUGCCCUAUAACGUUCGUAACUCUGAGCCACACUCCAACAUAGGUACGCCUCAAAGCUGGUUGGCACUUGACUCCCGCCACCCGCAAGAAGAAGAAAACGCAACACCACCAUGCAGACAUGUCCGCGGUGUACCGUGGUGAAGUUAGUUCCACGUUGGAUGUUGGAUAUUCGGCUACGUAGCUACAGCCGUAGUUCCCCCUCACUGUGCCUGGACUGCUGUGUCAUGGUGCGGGGAGCUCGCAAAGGAAGUGCUGCUCUAACUGCUGGUUGUUUAUACGACGGACCGUCAAUAAAUUGCUAUUGUGUUGAAGAGAGUUUGUUAAAAAAAAGUCAUAUACUGUAUUCUAAAUCACAGCACAGAUCUAUUGAUCUGAUUAUUGAUCUAAAACAAAAUAAUGAGUCCUACCCUAAAAGUAUUUUGCACGCCCAUUUUUUCCAAUUUUAUCUUUUAUUGGAUUAGGGACCUGACUCACAGAGGUUUGUUACAAAAGCCAAACCAUAUUGUUGAUAAUUCAAUCCCAAUUCCACAAAUUCAUGGUUUGUAAGAAAAGCUGAUUAUUAAAAAAAAAGAAAAAGAUCGGUACCAGAUCGGAUCGGCAAGAAUAAAAAAAAAAUCGGAAGCCAAAAAAUGUGGAUCAGGACAUCCCUACUCAAUACUACAUUUUUUAUUUAUUUAUUUUUUUACAUAUUUUGCUUUACAUACAGUGCACCGGAAAAGCACAAAAUGUUUUUGUGAAAUGUUUCCAAAUGUAGAAACGGGAAUACUUCCACACGUGAUGUCAUAGUUUUUUAUAUUU